UCCGCCUUGCAAACAUUUCGCUCAACACUUCGCAAGCUUAUACCCAAGGAAGCGUAUGAUCAACCAAAUGCACAAAGCCUGGCGAAGACCUUACCGACAAAUCGGCUGCGAAAAAUUAGUGCUAAGAAGCAGCACGAAAUUAUACAACUUUCUGAAGUUAUACUCAGUCACUGUGGCGAUGUUUCCUUGUUACUUGACUUUGGUUCUGGCUUGGGAUAUCUCAGCGAGUCGUUGUGCCGCGUUAACCAAAACUGGUGUAUUCUUGGAUUGGAGGGCGAUAGUUCUCGUGUAAUUGCUGCACACAAACGUCUGCAAGUGCUGAUGCCGGAAGCCGGGAAGCGUGUCACCUACAAGCAACAGUUCGUUGAAGCGAACGCCGGUGAAGCUAUGAAGCAUCACAUAGCUUCUAGUGGAUUCGAAGAUUUGCAGACGUGGCUCGACAAAUGGGCAAUUAUAGGCUUACAUGCAUGUGCUGAUCUUAGCGUGACAGCAAUAAAGUUAUUUUUUGAAUUGGCAUCAGUUAAAUGUUUGGUCAUUAUGCCCUGUUGCUAUCACAAACUGCAACAUACUCCGGAUGGCAACUUCGUAAACUUUCCACUCAGUGCUGCCUUGAAAACAGCUGCCGCAGAGAAAGACUCCAAAAUACAAAGUUAUUUUAAUCGACCAUUUUUACGUCUAGCAUGUCAAGAGACUAGUGCACGUUGGCGUAACUGCUCAGAGAAGGAGCACCUGGCGCAUGGAAAACAAAUGUUUUGGCGAGCUGUUGCUGAUGCCAUUAUAGACAAUGCAGCUGUUGUAAAAUGUCAACAACCUGUUAAAAAUUUGUGUCAAAUAGAAAGUUUUGCANCACCUCGCUUUAAAAUUUUGCUGUCUAAUUACGAAAGCAAAAAUCUCCUUUUCCGA